CAUCGUUAAAGUUGUAGCACUCAGGGCGGAUGGUUGAUUUCGACGGCAAAGUCAAUCUGUUCGGGUUUCUCGUCGUGGAAGGUUCGUUGCGCGCGCGGAAUAACUGAAAAUAUCGGUGCGAAAUUCGAGCGGAAUAACGCUAGAGAAGAAGGCGAGUGCAUUUCCUCGACCUGAGAACGCCGGUGGCCAAGGAGCUUUGCAAUUAAAUCUAUUUUCGCCGACUUAAGUACACAAAACGUAGGAGAAAAUUAAGAAGAGAAAGAAAAAAAAACAAACCUAAUCGCUGGCAAAUCAAUUGCUAAGGAAUUGAGUACUAUUCGUUGUUAUGUCAUGGAAAGUCUCUGAAUAAGUUAAGAAAAUACUUGUGUGAAAUUUUGCGACCUUUCAAAACUAGAAAAUAGAAAAGCAAAAAGUGCUAGACACGCGCUCUCUCUCCGACCACCACCCACCACCACCCACUAUCGCCAUCCCACGUUUACUACCACGUUUAUUGCUCACGCGUGUUUUUGGGGCCUUUUGUUUUGUGCGCUCGUGUUUGUGGCCGUGUGUGCCAGUGUGUGUGUGCGUGUUAGCCGGCAAGUGCAUUUGUGUGAGUGUGUGUGUUGCCGCGAACAGCUGUUCAUCCAGACAGCAUGCAGAAGUAAAUACGAAGAAGUGCUGCCAAAUAGAGUAAAUAAAAUAACCGGCUAAAAUAAAAAUAAGAGAAGCAAUCAAAGGCAAAUCAAAUUUAGCCCCAUCAUCCACUGUGUCUGCACACAGAAAUCACCCAUCAAAAAUGGCGGCCAGGAGCAUGCGGCUAGCGCAGCUUUUGCUAUUCACCCUGCUCUGCGGCUUCGUCGGCCUGUCAGCCGCCAAGCACCUGGACCUGGAUGGGAUCCACCACCACCAGCACCACCUGCACAGCGCCACCACGCACCACCGACGUCGCCUGCAGCGGGACUCGCGGGCGAAGGACGCCGUUGGGGGAUCGACCCACCAGUGUGAUGCCGUCAAGAGCUACUUCGAAUCGAUCGACAUCAAGUCGAGUGGGACUUACAGCGAAAAAGGCGCCAUUUGCGGCGGAAACUGCUGCAACAAUGCCACGGAGCUGGAGCUGCGGGACAAAGCCGCCGGAAUGUUCGAGCAACUGCUUCAUCACCACACCAGCAGCCUGCGCGGAGUCCUCGAGACGAAUGCCAAACAGUUCCAGAGUCACGUCCUGGAAUUGGCGCAGAUUUCGGAGAACAUGACCCACUCGCUCUUUUCGAAGGUUUAUACCCGUAUGGUGCCUUCAUCGCGGAUGAUGAUCCAUCAACUGUACACCGAAAUCAUGAACCAUCUGAUUUACACCUCCAACUACACGAACAGCAAUGGCCAGCUGGGCAGGCGAGGAAUUGGCAGUGUCCAGAGCAACUUGGAGGAGGCUGUGAGGCACUUCUUUGUUCAGCUGUUCCCAGUGGCCUACCACCAGAUGGUUCAUCUGUCCAAGAACAAUUUGGGUGACUUGCACGAGGACUACGUCAACUGCCUGAAGCACAACUUCGACGAGAUGCAUCCAUUCGGGGACAUUCCCCAGCAAGUGCAGUCCAACCUGGGCAAGAGUGUCCACAUGUCCAAUGUCUUCAUGAAUGCCCUGCUCCAGGCCGCCGAGGUCCUCAGCGAAGCGGAUGCCCUUUAUGGCGAACAACUGACGGACACGUGCAAGCUGCAUCUCCUCAAGAUGCACUACUGCCCCAACUGCAAUGGCCACCACUCGAGUUCCAGGAGCGAAACGAAAUUGUGCUACGGCUACUGCAAGAACGUGAUGCGCGGCUGCUCGGCGGAAUAUGCCGGACUACUGGACAGUCCCUGGUCAGGUGUAGUGGACUCCCUGAACAACCUGGUCACCACCCAUAUUCUCUCGGACAGCGGCAUCAUCAACGUCAUCAAACACCUGCAGACUUAUUUCUCUGAGGCAAUCAUGGCUGCCAUGCACAAUGGGCCUGAACUGGAGAAAAAGGUAAAGAAGACGUGUGGCACGCCCAGCCUGACGCCCUAUUCGUCCGGAGAGCCGGAUGCGCGGCCUCCGCCCCACAAGAACAACGUAAAGUGGGCCACUGACCCGGAUCCGGGCAUGGUCCUCUUCCUGUCCACCAUCGACAAGAGCAAGGAGUUCUACACGACCAUCGUAGACAACUUCUGCGAUGAGCAGCACUCUCGUGAGGAUCACUCCUGCUGGACAGGCGAUCGUUUCGGGGACUACACCCAGCUGCUGAUUAAUCCGGGCACUGAUAGCCAGCGAUAUAAUCCCGAGGUGCCCUUCAAUGCGAAGGCUCAGACCGGCAAGCUGAACGAGCUGGUCGACAAGCUCUUCAAGAUCCGCAAGAGCAUUGGAGCUGCGGCACCUUCCAACAGCAUACAGGCGACGCACGACAUCCAGAAUGAUAUGGGCGAGGGCUCCGGCGGCGGAGAGGGCCAGAUCGGCGACGAUGAGGAGGAGUAUGGAGGCGCACAUGGUUCCGGAGAUGGUUCCGGCGAUGGACCCCAUACGCCCAUCGAGGAUUCCGAAGGCACCACCACCAACGAAGUGGAGCCGCGUGACAGCGGCAAGACCAGUGGGUCCAACCCACUGGCAGGCACCGCGACGUGGAUGCUCCUCACUCUAGUCACAAUGCUCUUUAGUAGUUGUAGUUAAGGAUGCUACCCCAGCCGAGGGAUUGAAUACAAAAAACGCAAUGCGCCCCACUGUGCGAGGGCAGUGAAUGAUGUAACCAGAAGAAGAGCAACAGCAGAUGCACACGAAUCGAGUUAAAUCAUGAAUUAAUAACUAUUAUCAUUAUUAUUAUUAUUUGUGUAAUUCUUAAGUUGUUACAAGUAAUUUAUAGGCCCUAAGCGCAUUCAUCUAGCAAUCGACUAACAACUUACAAACCAGAAGCGAACCGUGAAACCCUUGAAGCGCACCUCUCCUUCUAGCUUUUCCAAAUUUGAAGCUCAUCGAACUUCCAUGCCGAAUCCAACUAGACUUGUGUGCCAUAUAAAUGCGUUGGAUAUUUGCAUACGAACCGAGCAAUUGCUAAACACAACUAACUUUAAACGAAAAUUAAACUAAAUAGGCUCGCAAUCAAGCAGAAUCCCUUUCCAUAGAGUGUGCAGUUUGUUCAGAUACAUGUUAAUAUAUAUAGCGUACAGUACACAAAGCUCAAUGUUCAAAGCAAGUUGUUCCUUUUCGGUGUAAUUACACAAGUAAAUAGAUCUGAAAUCAGAGGCGUGGCACCACAUUCAAUUGCUAAGUUUUUGGGGGCGAUCACAAAAUAUUAUAUACGUAAAGGAUAUAAAUCUGUUAGCUGUAGCUCAGUGAAUGUUAAACUAAAGCGAAAUUAUUGUUGUCUACACCUUUCGAACUGAACGAAUGCGAACAAUUUAGAAAAUGAUCAAUUGGGUAAUCGACGCGAAAUGCAUACGAAUGGAAUUUAGUUGAGUAAACGCACGGAAAAACUAGAAGACUUACAGCUUUAUACGCAAACAAAAACGAAAAACGAAGUAAAAUCGAUGAAAAUCUAUUGAUAUAUUAAUACGUAUAUUAUAUGUAGCAUUACUUAAAUUAUAUGAACAAAGAGAGAAGACGACCUUGGGGGGACAACAAAUGGAAAAAUGUCAUAAAAUGCAUUCAGCUAAUUAGAGUUUACAGAGCACUUGGAUUUCUUCUUGGGGAGAGAGUGCAGAAAAUGCAGAGUUCAGCGCACAAAUCACAGUUCGCAAAUUUGCAAUUUCAAUCGAAACUAAUGUUGCAAUCUUACGGAUACUUUACAGUGGGGCAGAGCGCUGCUGAAUCAAAUCCAGAGAGCAGCGCUGGCGGCACUCUAAAAAAACAAGUAAAUAUAUAUAUAUACAAAUGAAUAUGAAAUAUGCAUUAAAACGAGUAUGGCGCCAGCGAUAAGAAUGAAGUCUAUAUAUAUAUAUACACAUAAAUGAAUUAACUAAUUAAAUCGUAAUUAUAUGCUAGUGCGUAAACGUAACGAUUAGCGCGUAAUGUGUAAAAAGCAAACAGUUGAACGAAAACAACAAAUUUAGUUAGUAGCAAAUUAACAAAGGAAGCGCCAACUGCCGCCGCACACAAAUUGGCAUAUAGGCAUAUACAUAAAUAUAUCGCAUAUACACUUCGAUCCGAUCGAAAUUAGAUCGUAGUGUGCCGGCGCGCUGGUUGAACUAUGUAUAAUUAUUAUUUGUAUCAUUAUUAUUUAACUAUUGCAUGUGAUUAAUAAUAUUUAAGUUAAACGUAAACGCAACAUAUUAAAUUGUAACUUAUGUAUACCGCAAAAGCAGCCGCAAUGUGCGCAAAAAAUCAUCGUUGUAAAUCAAUUCGGAGAUAACCAAUGCGAAUCGAAAAUUGCACUAAAAAUAAAUGUACUACUUUUAGAUGCCUAAAAACCAAUAAAUAAUUAUGUAACAAGAAACGCAAGUCCAAGAAGUUUAUUGAAAGCGAUACGCAAUAGUGCUAUGAGUGUAACGGCAGACAAGCGAAAAUGAGAACUUUUGUAAAUUUCAUUUAAAACCUGAAUAAACGUCAAUAUUUGAAAUUCGAA